AUGGCAUCGGGGGCGAGCUUCUUUUCUGGACUGUCAGCGCCGAUAUAUUUCCCAGCGCUGAACACGCUGGCUACGGACAUGGGCGUAUCUAUAGCCUUGAUCAAUUUAACAUUAACAAGCUUCAUGGUUUUUCAAGGUAUCUCUCCCAUUGUCCUUGGUCCCCUGGCAGAUCAACUUGGUCGUCGACCGGCCUUCAUUAUCUGCUUCGUCAUUUAUAUCGCCGCCAAUAUUGGACUGGCCGUCCAGGAUAAUUUUGUAGCUCUCCUUCUCCUCCGUUGUAUACAGAGCGCUGGCUGCAGCAGCACCGUGGCAAUAUCCACUGCGGUUGUCGUCGACAUCACCCCCAAAGCUGAGCGCGGGUCCGCAAUGGGCUUUGUUUUGGCCGUGACAUUUCUGGGGCCUGCCGUAGGUCCCGUCGUGGGGGGUCUUCUGUCCCAAUACUUGGGCUGGCGGGCCAUAUUUUGGUUCCUCGUCCUACUGGCCGCCACCUUCUUUUUAUCCAUGUUGUUCUUCUUCCCUGAGACUGCACGGCAUCUUGUCGGGAAUGGCUCUGGGACACCCCAGACAUGGAAUCGGCCCUGGAUCCAUUAUGUCUGCGGCAACACGGGAGCCCAAGAGCCUCCAACAAGCGGUGCUGAGGAUCAGGACAAGGCAGGGAAACGCCGAUUCCAGAUCUCCUCACUAUUCAAGUCGCUAUCCAUACUGUGUGAGAAAACGUCAAUUAUCCUCAUUUUGGCUAUCGGGGUGAUGCUGGCUGGGUACAUGGUCGUCUCGGCCUCCAUCCCGCCAAACUUCCAUCGCUUGUACGCACUCAAUGACCUACAGAUUGGUCUCUGCUAUAUUCCCCUUGGUGCAGGCGCUAUGGCGGCAUCGGUCUUGACUGGAAGGAUCCUUGAUGCCUAUUACCGACGGCUUCGCUCCCUGGCCAUGGCAUCUAGCCAUGACCUUGAUGCAUUGAAUGAUGAUGACCAUGACUCGGUUGUCCCACUGGCCAAGGCUCGUUGCACAGUCGCGUUGCCAUUUGUAAUUGCUGGUGGUCUGGUCAUCCUGGCAUUUGGGUGGCUAUUACAAUUCGCUGUGCACCUAGCUGUGCCGGUAACCUUUUUCUUCUUCCUCUCCUUGUCCUUGACGAGUGCGUUCAACUGCGCCUCUGUAUUCCUAGUUGAUCUCCACCCAUCCAGUCCAGCUGCUGCGUCGGCUGCCAGUAAUCUGGUCCGAUGCCUGCUAACAGCCGGCGGUACGGCCUUGAUCGAUCCAAUGCUGCACGCCUUGGGGCGUGGGUGGGGAUUCACGGUCGUGGCUCUGGUCGUCUUGGCGACUACUUUGCUAUUUAUACUGCUGAUUCGGAUGGGAAAAUAA